AUGGUUCUCCCAGUGCCGGCUGCAGAGGAACCCAAUGUGACCCUGGCCGAUGAGGCCCUUCAGAAGCUGGUAGCGUCUACAUACAAAACCUCACAUCUUGAGUUCUUUCUCAACGGAACGCGGGUCAAGCUUCAAACCCCAAAUCCACAUUGGACCCUGCUGGACUUUAUUCGCUCUCAGCAUGGCCUCAAAGGCACAAAGCUUGGCUGCGGCGAGGGUGGCUGUGGAGCAUGUACAGUCGUCCUUCAGGUCGCAGAUGCAAAGCAGAAAGGGAUAAUCAGGCAUUUAGCUGUCAAUGCCUGUUUAUAUCCACUUGUAGGCGUGGUGGGAAAGCAUGUAAUUACUGUCGAGGGACUGGGGAGUGUAAACAAUCCUCAUCCUUUACAAGAACGGCUCGCGAAACUGCAUGGCUCACAAUGUGGAUUCUGUACCCCGGGAAUCGUCAUGUCCACAUACGCCAUGAUUAGAAAUGCCUACGACCAGCAGUCCGGGAAAUUAAAACUGAGCAGACAUGACGUGGAAUUGAAAGGUUACUUGGAUGGAAAUCUGUGUCGAUGCACAGGCUAUAAGCCUAUCCUCGAGGCCAUCAACACUUUUGUCACCCAGGAUCUCCAGGGCGAGAUUUUGCCUAACGCAUGUGUUGCCGACACUUCUGGGCAGACUAAUAACGAGAAAAUUCCUUAUGAAUUGAGUUCACUUCCCAAUGCAGCAAAUGCAUCAUCGACUGGAUCUUGCGGCAGACCUGGGGGCUGUUGCAAGGAUGAUCCAGCGAAAGAAUCAUGUUCAUCAACACCUUCUAGUGAUGCAGGUGAUAGCGAGGACACGUCACUUACAAGUGUUUCGGAUGAGGACACGACAGAAUCAACAAGACACAAAAGGGGUGUCCCUCAGAUCAAGUUUUUGCAGUAUGCCCCAGAUACGGAGCUAAUCUAUCCGCCAAGUCUUCACAAGUUUGAGCAUCGAGCAAUUUGCUAUGGCGAUGAAACAAAGAUAUGGCUACGGCCGACCCGUUUGCAGGAAUUGCUGGAGCUGCUUGACGUCUACCCUGACGCAAAACUUGUCGGAGGAGCGAGUGAAGUCCAGAUUGAAGUCCGCCUCAAAGCAUCAUCAUAUCCUGUCUCAGUUUUCAUUGCCGAUAUUGCAGAGCUGGCAGAAGUAUCGGUGCCCAAAGACGUUGCAACAAUGAAAGAGCUGGUCAUCGGUGGCAAUACGUUGUUAUCCAACCUUGAGACUAUUUGUAUCGACCUGGAGGCUAGACUGAAAGAACGAGGCUCUGUCUUUGGCGCCAUGGCUAAGGUUCUGAGGUACUUUGCAGGACUACAAAUCCGAAAUGCCGCAUCUUUGGCUGGGAAUAUUGCAACUGCGUCCCCAAUUUCCGACAUGAACCCCGUUUUAAUAGCGGCGGAUGCAACUAUUGUUACGCAGACUCUCAACACUAAAACGGUAAUACCUAUGAAAUCUAUGUUCAAGGGAUACAGAAAGACCGCUCUUCCCCAAGGCAGCGUUAUAACCCGUAUCCACAUCCCGAUCCCACCAGCGGGGAUUAAAGAAGUCACCAAAUCAUACAAGCAAGCGCGACGGAAAGAAGACGAUAUCGCCAUUGUUACGGCUGGGUUUCGGGUGAGGAUAAGUUACGAUGGGACAGUGGAAGAGACUUCGCUUGUAUACGGUGGCAUGGCACCUAUGACAGUAGAGGCGACAGAAUGCUCUGAUUCUCUCACAGGCAAACCCUGGAAGUCCCAGAAGACACUUCAAUAUGCCCUCACUUUACUAGCGAGAACUUUCCCUCUGCCAUACGGAGUCCCAGGUGGAAUGGCUUCUUACCGGAGAACUUUGGCUCUUUCCAUGUUUUUCCGUUUUUGGCAUGAAUCUGUUGCGGAAUUAGGGCUAGGAAAAUUCGAUUCUGGCCUGGAAGAGAUCGAGCGAGGACUCUCGUUUGGCUCAAGAGACAACUACAAUCCGAACGAGCAAAAGAUUGUGGGUAAACAAAUACCUCAUCUUUCAGGGCUGAAGCACGCCACUGGUGAAGCUGAGUACCUCGACGAUAUGCCACACCAAGACCGGGAGCUUUACUGUGCCCUAGUCAUCUCGCAGAAAGCCCAUGCACUCCUCAAAUCUGUGGACUGGACACCGGCAUUGCGACCAGGUCUGGCAAUCGGGUACAUUGAUAAGCACAAUAUCGACCCAGAUAAGAAUAACUGGGGAUCAAUCAUCAAGAACGAGCCUUGGUUUGCGACGGACAAGGUCACUUCUCAUGGCCAACCGAUUGGUGUGGUAUAUGCCGAGACAGCGUUAAAAGCACAAGAGGCGGCACGUGCUGUCAAAGUUGAGUAUGAAGAACUCAAGCCCAUUUUGUCUGUUGACGAGGCGAUUGAAGUGAAGAGCUUUUAUGAUUUCUAUAAAAAAGAUCUCCGAAAGGGCGCUCCGCCAGAAGAAUUGGACCAGGUAUUUGCCAAGUGUGAUUAUGUGUUUGAAGGUACCUCUAGGGCUGGCGGACAAGAGCAUUUCUAUCUUGAAACGAACACAUCCAUGGUAAUCCCUCACGUGGAAGACAACUCGAUGGAAGUAUGGUCUUCGACUCAGCAUACUCUCGAAACACAAGAAAUGAUUAGCUAUGCUACGGGGAUCCCAAGCAAUAGAAUCAACACGCGAGUGAAGAGAAUGGGAGGAGCGUUUGGCGGCAAGGAAUCCAGAAGCGUUCAGAUUGCUGGCCUGCUCGCAAUUGCAGCGCUCAAGGAACGCCGGCCGAUGAGGAUCAUGCUAAGCCGUGACGAAGAUAUGGCAGUUAGCGGCCAAAGACACCCGAUAAGAUGUGACUGGAAAAUUGGCGUUACAAAGACCGGAAAACUGGUGGCUUUGCAGGCAGACUGCUACAGCAAUGCCGGGUGGUCCCUCGACAUGAGCUCUGCGGUUAUGGACCGGUGCAUAACUCACCUUGACAACUGCUAUGAAAUACCGAAUGUGUAUAUCAAAGGUUGGCUGUGCAAGACGAAUACUCAUAGUAACACCGCAUUCCGAGGCUUCGGCGGCCCGCAGUCCAUGUACUUUACAGAAACGAUCAUGUAUGACGUUGCAGAAAGGCUGAAAAUUGACGUUGACGAGCUCCGACUUCGAAAUUUGUAUAAUGAAGGAAAUUUGACUCCAUAUCUGCAAAAGAUAGACGAAGAUUGGCAUAUUCCGCUAUUGCUAGAGCAGCUCAAAAAGGAAGCAGAUUACGAGGCGCGAAAGGCAAAAGUCGAGGAAUUCAACUCCAAAAACAAGUGGAGGAAACGUGGAAUCUGCUUGGUGCCGACCAAAUUCGGGUUAUCCUUUUCAGCCGCUCAUUUGAACCAAGGAGCAGCGUCGGUGAAGAUCUACACAGACGGUUCCGUGCUUCUUAACCAUGGAGGGACUGAAAUGGGUCAGGGUCUCUAUACCAAGAUGUGUCAGGUCGCGGCGCAGGAGCUCAAAAUCCCUAUUGAUAAUAUAUACACUGCGGACACAUCUUCGUACCAAAUCCCCAAUGCGUCGCCUACGGCUGCUUCAUCGGGAAGUGAUCUGAAUGGAAUGGCUAUCAAGGACGCAUGUGAUCAGCUGAAUGAACGACUCCAGCCGUACCGAGAAAGAUUGGGUCCCAACGCAAGCUUCAAGGAGAUUACUCGUGCUGCAUAUAUGGACCGCGUCAAUCUUGCAGCCACGGGUCAUUGGAAGAUGCCUCGCAUCGGAUAUGUUUUUGGGGUGUAUGACCCAGAAUUGGUCAAACCGUUGUACUACUAUUUCACCCAGGGAGCUGCCUGUACCGAAGUCGAGCUUGACCUUCUCACUGGCGACCACUCAGUCCUCCGCACCGACAUCAAAUUAGACGUUGGCCGAUCCAUAAACCCAGCCAUCGACUACGGUCAAAUCGAAGGCGCAUUUGUCCAGGGCCAGGGCAUGUUCACAAUCGAACAAAGCCUCUGGACAAACGACGGCACGGGUCAGCUCUUCACUCGCGGACCAGGGACAUAUAAAAUCCCGGGGUUCGGCGAUAUCCCGCGCGAAUUCAACGUCACCAUGCUUCAGGGGGUGUCGUGGGAGAGUAUUCGUACGAUUCAGAGUAGUAAAGGGAUCGGAGAGCCGCCGGUGUUUUUGGGGUCUACGGUUCUGUUUGCCCUGCGUGAUGCGUUGCGGAGCGCUAGGGCGGAUAACAAUGUUUUUGAGCCGUUGAGGCUGGACUCGCCAGCGACCGCUGAGAGAUUGCGGUUGGCUGUGUGUGAUGAUCUUGUGGAAAUGGCCAAAGUUCAGCCUGGGCCGGGGGAGAAGCCGUUCUUUUUGACUGCGGUUUAG